CUCCCCCGACCGUCUGGAGGACCGGCUGAUGACGAUGGGUCUACCUUCGGGAGGGGUCGAAAGGGGCGCGGGGACCGGGAUGUUCCCCACCAUGGGCCGGCUCAGCCACCACCAGAAGGCCCAGUCGCAGCAGAACAUCUGCGCCACGCCGUCCAUGGACCGCCACCACAUGAUCAAGAUGAACUCCCACCCGACGUCGGGCCACGACCACGAGCGCAGCUCCGCCGCCAUGCCCGGGAUGGGGAUGCACGGCGGCUGGGACCCCCACGGGGGCCGCGGAGGUACGGCGGGGACGGUCGGAGGCCACCCCAACGCUCGGCGGAUGGCUUUCGCCAGCAAACGGCAAAACACCAUCGAACAGCUGCACUUCAUCCCCGGAGGAGGAGGCGUUCAGGGGUUGCGGACUGGGAGUAAGAACGAGGUGACGGUGUGAGGAUGAGGAAGAGACGGGUGAAGGCUGAAGGCUCAAAGGGGAC